UUUAUAUGGACAGAUUUACUAUUCCAGCUGAUUGCAUUUCUUAAAAACAACGAAAUGAUGACAAAGCUAAAACAUAGUUCGGGGUCUCAUUCUGGCCCAGCAAAACGUCGCUCUCUUAUUUUGAAAAUACCAAACAACUUCUAUUUCCUCUCUGGCGUAGCCAACAUGGCGGCGCACCGUGAGCUAAACUAUUUUGUGAGAGAAAUUGAGCUAAAUGACGGUUCGGUCUUGAAAGUGAAUCAGUGUUACAUGGGGGACGUGGGUUGCGUGGUUUGGGACGCAGCCAUUGUUCUUGCAAAGUAUUUAGAAACGAAGCUAUUUCACGAUCCAUCCUCAGGAGUGAACUUGUGGGCUGGCCGAAGAGUGGUGGAGUUAGGAGCUGGCACUGGGGUGGUUGGAUUGAUGGCAGCCACACUAGGCGCUCAUGUUAGUGUGACAGACUUGGAGGAGCUACAGAGCCUCCUGAAGAUCAACAUCCAAGACAACCAGACUCUCAUCCGUAGUGGGUCCAUAACUGCCAAGGUACUGAAAUGGGGUGAAGAUGUAUCCCAUUUCCUGCCAUUUCCUAACUAUAUCCUCAUGGCAGAUUGUAUUUAUUAUGAACAGUCGAUUGCUCCACUGGUGGAGACCUUGAAGCUGCUCGCUGGACCAGAGACCUGCAUCAUUUGUUGCUACGAGCAACGCACCGAGGGCAUCAACCCAAAAGUGGAAAGGCAGUUUUUUGAGUUAUUGCAACAAAGCUUCAGCUGUGAAGAAAUCCCUUUGAGUAAACACGAUCAAGAAUUUAGUAGUCCAGACAUCCACAUCCUACACAUCAGAAAAAAAAUGGCGCUUGUAAGAUGACAUUUGUGUAUGGUUUGGGAAAAAAAACAACAAAUAAAUCUCUUUAGGUAGCAAAUUA